GCUGACAUUUUCUGGCCGUCGUCGCUCUCGGUUGCCGUUGAGGUUGGAAUCAUCGCCGUGAAUGACUCUCACCUUAAUCCAGAUCUGUUCCUUGUCAGUUGGCGAUAUCCCAUCAUAGAGUUCACAUAUCUUGAAAAGAAAGAGCCAGGUCGAUCAAACUCAAAGGCAACUCAAUCCUCAUCUAACCUUCAUUUCAACUUGAACUCUGUGCCGUAUCCACCUGCACGAUGCCCGCCCUCGACCUGUCCGUGAUCGACCAGAUUGGCCGCGACCUCCACCCCAGUCACCCUGGAAUGCUCUCUGAGGGCGAGGUGUGUCCGUGGACUUUGUUCCUCACCAUGGCCUUGACUCUCCUCAAAGGUGUGAUGCCCCACGUUCCUCGUAUGUUACCCGUCCUGGUUUCCGAUCCUGAGGCUCGCCUCAGAGCUCAAGAGACUUUCGAGAGCGAGGACUUUAAGAAAAACAUUGAGAAGUACUUUGUCGAAAACAUUAAGACCGAUAUUCAAGCCCCGUUGAAUCGCCAAAUCCUCCGCAGCUCAGAGACCGUGAUGCAAACUGUCGAUGUCAUGAAUCAAUUGAUCAACACCUUCAUGGGCUCACCCAAUAAUGCUUUUUCCAAUGAUGAUUUCAGCGGCGAUACCAAUGGUUUAGAUGAUGGUACUGACAAACCACGUAAUUUCGGUCUCAUGAAUCCCAACACGUUGUCCCAAUUGUUCAACUUCGGCCAAACCCUUUACCAAAUGGUCCGAUAAAGGAAAGGUCCUAAAUCUCAGACUUUAGCUGCUCUACUCACCCACACUCCAACAACAAAACCACAAAACCACCCAACUAGAACCACUGAAACGACGACCAACAAACUUUUUCAUCAAGACACACAAUCUCUUCAUGAAUGUAUAUAAACCUUGAAAAAAACCAAAAAAACACAAGUAGAAAUUUCUCCUGUUUUUCUCCAUUCCCCUUGGGAAUUCCACGCCUUUCUAACAUCUGUGGAACUCGAUGUUUUCUCCUAUGAACAACAAAACCCUUCCAUUUUGUCAAUGGCUAUCAUAUAGCAAGAGUAUCUCUUGCGUUUGUACUAAUGUUUAAGUUAGGAUCAAUAAUCAUGUAUUAAACUUAAGUUCUAAGCUCAAAUCCACUAGAAAUAUAAAUGUUUAUUGAAAACACGACAAAAGCCAAUAAAAAGAUAUGUUUUGAGAUUCUA